UCAUCAGUAGACGUCUGCAGGAUAUGUCACUGCGAGGUCGACUCACAGCACCCCCUAAUUUCACCUUGUGCCUGCUCGGGGACUCUCAAGUACGUUCACCAACACUGUUUGCAACAGUGGAUCAAAAGUGCCAACACCAAAUCGUGCGAGUUAUGUAAAUUAGAAUUCAGGAUGACAGCUACUGUUAAACCCUUUUGCAAAUGGCAGACGCUAAACAUGACAAAAGUAGAACGUCGUAAGGUCAUAUGCUCGGUGACAUUUCACGUAAUAGCCAUCACCUGUGUGGUCUGGUCACUCUAUGUGCUCAUCGAGAGAACGUCGGAAGAGAUUAAGGUGGGCAACCUGGAAUGGCCUUUCUGGACUAAGCUAGUCGUAAUUGGGAUCGGGUUUACGGGUGGGAUAGUCUUCAUGUACAUCCAGUGUCGCAUGUACUCUCAGCUCUGUACCAGGUGGCGAGCUUACAAUAGGGUCAUCUACGUACAAAAUUGCCCAGAUAACGUCAUAAUUUCGGCCAAUAGACGUAGAAAUAAUGGUAAUAAUAAUAAUAUAAAUAAUAAUAUGAAUAAUAAUAAUAAUAAUGUUAUUGGGGCCGAUGAGGUUUUAGUACCUCUGUCUACAUCGAGUAAAAGUAGUAAGAGGUCCGACUCACCUGAAGUUUCAUUGUUAUAA